AUGGGCUCCCACCAGAAGUCAUCUAGCUCCAAGGGCCACGGCAGCUCCUCUCACGGCAAGUCCUCCAGCAGCAAGUCCAAGUCUGGCAGCAAGAGGGCUCCCAUCUACGUCAACGUUUGGUAUUGUGACGCUUGCCACUACGGACCAUUAAACCCCUACACUGACGGGCAUUGCGCCAACUGCGGACAUCAACGCUGCUACGAUUGCACGACGACCGUUAUUGAGCAGAACCCUGGACAAUAA